AUGGCGCGUGGGAAUACGCUGCGCUGGUCGCGAGCGUUGCUUCGCUUCCUCAACUUCGCGUUGAGUCUGGUGGCGCUGGCAACUCUGUCGCGAGCGUUUGUGGGGUCCUCGUACUAUGGCUACUCGAGUAUGCUCGGCAGCAGAGCGGCCACGUACGCGACGCUAAUGACGUACACGGGCAUGUUGGUGGGACUCUUCUUCCUGCUUUUCAUGGAGCUCAUGCGGCUCUUCCCGCGUCCAACACCGCGUCUCAUCGAACAGCUCCUGGAUCUUCUCUUAGCGGCCUUGCUGGUAGUGGCGGGGAUUGUGCUGGUGGCGUCUGACUAUGUGGCCAACUGCUCUGUGUAUGGCUACAUGCUACGUUGCAACCAGCUGAAGACCGCGGUGGUUUUCACUUUUUUGGCCUCGCUUUCGUACUUUGUCACGUUUUUGCUUGACUGUUGCGAGAGCUUCAUGGGAUCACGUGGCACUGGAGACCACAGCGACUCUGACGAAGCUGGCCACGGGUAUCACGCUGAGUCGACGCCUACCGGAGGCUCGACACCAAAAGACGCAUCCAACCGGGUGUAA